AUGAACUUGGAUGAGCCGCCGGACGAGAAGUUCAAAUACCUACUUCCGCCAGAGAUCAAGGGCUACAAUCUAAGAUUGAAAAAAUGGUUUGAUCUCGAAGUUGAUAGGAUUUCCGAAGUUAAUUGGAACGUUGAAGCGUUUGAAACCCUUGUGAUCGAACGAAAGGCCAGAAACCUCAUCCUGGCACUAGUCAGCAAUCAGAUAGAGUCGGAGAAGUCAACGGAUCUUAUUGCCGGCAAGGGCAAUGGCCUCAUCUUGCUAUUGCACGGUGGGCCAGGCACCGGAAAGACCCUGACUGCUGAGAGUGUCGCCGAGAUCGCCCGGAAGCCGCUUUAUCGUGUCACCUGCGGAGACGUUGGUACAAAAGCAGAAGAUGUCGAGAAGUAUCUUGAAUCGGUCCUCCAUCUCGGGAAAAUCUGGGGCUGUGUUGUCUUACUUGACGAAGCCGAUGUUUUUCUCGAACAAAGGAGUUUAGAGGAUCUGCAGAGAAACGCACUGGUUUCCGUCUUCCUACGAGUUAUGGAGUACUACGAAGGUAUCCUUGUACUCACUAGUAACCGUGUGGGAACAUUUGACGAGGCAUUCAAGUCAAGGAUUCAACUCGCUCUGCAUUACCCUAGCCUGGGGCAAUACCAACGGCUGCGAGUGUGGGAGAACUUCAUUAAGCGACUUGAAUCCUUUGAUGACGGCAAAGUUGACACAGAUGAUCUUCGAGACCACCUCGAGGACUUAAGCAAGGAGAAAAUGAACGGUCGACAGAUUCGAAAUGCGAUUACCACCGCUAGACAAUAUGCUGAGUGGGAAUCUCAACAAUUGAAAGACCGCAAGACGAGUAAAAUGACGUACGAGCACCUGAAAGAUGUGAUUGAAGUUGCCAGUCGCUUUGACAAGUACAUUGACAAGCUCAACGGCGGAUUCUCCUCAGAUGAGCUCGCACAGGAAGAGAGAUUGAGGCUUGCUUAA